UGGGAGGGUCACGUGGCCUUCCCCAGCCCCUCCUCUCCGCCGUGAGCGUCACGCGAAGCGGGUGGGGCUCUGGAAGGCGAGCCUCAACCCGCGUCUUUCCCGCCGGAACUGCCGGUGCCGCCGCCAUGGAGGAGCAGACCGGCUGCGGGGUGGACACCACGAGGCGCCGGCACCCGCCCCUGCGCCCUCCCCACCCAGCCAGCUCGCUGCCCCGGUCCCGGUCCCCGGCAGCACCCCCAGGGGCCAGCAUCACUGUAGACUGGAUGGACAAGACAAUAAUGAAAAAAUUUCCACCUGCCAUUCUAAUGAUUUCAGUGACCCAAUUUACAAAGAAAUUGCUAUGACUAAUGGUUGCAUUAAUAGGAUGAGUAGAGAUGAGCUGAGAGCCAAACUUGCAGAGUUCAAGCUUGAAACGAGAGGAGUGAAAGAUGUACUGAAAAAGAGGCUUAAAAACUACUACAAGAAGCAGAAGCUGAUGCAGAAGGAGCCCACUGAUGAAGAGAGUUACUAUGAUUAUAUCUGCGUUGUUGACUUUGAAGCAACCUGUGAGGAGGGCAACCCCCCUGAAUUUAUACAUGAAAUAAUUGAAUUUCCUAUUGUGCUAGUAAACACUCAUACACUAGAAAUAGAAACAACCAACAGCUGCAGCUCCUUUGUGCCACCAGCAGUCUUUCUAAGUGCACUACUAGAUUCGUCAUUUGCAGCAAAACACCAUGCUACAACUGGUAUCUGCUCUCAACCCACUUACUGGACUACAUACCAAGAGGAUACCUUUCAACAAUAUGUGAAGCCAGAGAUUAAUCCUCAGCUUUCAGACUUCUGUAUUAAUCUGACUGGAAUCACUCAGGACCUCGUAGACAAAGCUGAUGCCUUUCCUCAAGUCCUACAAAAUGCUGUAGAAUGGAUGAGACAGAAAGAACUGGGGACUAAAUAUAGCUAUUCCAUACUGACUGAUGGAUGUUGGGAUAUGAGUAAAUUCCUGAAUAUCCAGUGUCGUAUUAGCCAUAUCAAAUAUCCCUCUUUUGCCAAAAAAUGGAUCAAUAUUCGCAAAUCAUACGGCAACUUCUACAAGGUUCCCAGAAACCAGACCAAGCUGACAAUCAUGCUUGAAAAGCUGGGAAUGAGCUAUGAUGGGCGACCUCACAGUGGACUUGAUGACUCUAAGAACAUUGCACGGAUAGCUAUACGAAUGCUUCAGGAUGGAUGUGAGCUGCGUGCGAAUGAGAGAAUGCAUGGUGGGCAGCUAAUGACUGUAUCCUCCUCUGCUCCAGUAGAAGGAGCCCCUGCUCCACAGAUGCCCCAUCUUAGAAACUAGCAGUGAAAGAGUGCUACAAAAUGAAUGAACCACUGUUGAAGACUUAGACUGCAAAGACAGCUGAUUAAAUGACCAUUUUGAUAAAACAGAUCUUCAGAGCAAAAUAUGUGAGCACCUUAAACAGCUUUCUUUGUUAAAAUAAAGGGGAUGUGAACUCUUUGUUCUUUAACAUUUGUGUAUAUGAUUUUUGAUACUGAUGGUGUUUUAACAAAAAAAUUAUCUGGUGUCUUUUUUAAAGGUAAGGUUGAUUACCAUAUAUAAGAUCCAAGCAGGGUUUUAAGAUUUUGUUUAUGAAGAAUAAUUCAAACUAAAAUACCAGAUUUGUUUACCCGUUGUACUCUUCUUUCCCCAGCCCACACGCUGUAUUGUAACAGCGUUUAAUAUAUUGUCCAACAUUUGCAUAUAUAUAGGCUACUGACAGAAGAACUAUACAGAAUGUUGACCAGAUUGGUAUCAUCUACCUUGCCAGUUGAUAGAGGCAGAUAACCUCCUCUGUUCAUCUAGACAAAAUGGAGGCAUUAUUCAUGGUUUUAAUUGUUUUAAAAUCUUGAGGGAAAAGUCUGGAGAGGAGGGACAGGUGUGUGUUAAAAAUGUGUGUGUAAGUUUCCACCUCAAGUAAUUUUGAGUGGCCUUGGUGAAGAGCUAAGUAUUAAGUAAAAAUAAAACUUUUAUUCGUAUAGUUACAGAAUUCCUGGGGGGAGAGGGGUGGGGGCAUUGUUACUUACUUGGGUUUUUUUACAGGUAGGCUUUUCAGUCAUUGGGAUUUUUUGUACUUCCAGGUACUGGUCUACCUAUUUCUGCUCUAUUCAUUCCAGAAUAAAAUUAAGUACAGUACAGCAGUUUAAUCUCUUUUAGAAACCUGGAAUUCAAUGAGUGUGAGUGAAUUAAAACGCAUGCAAUAUUGAAAUUAAUAUGAAAUAUGGCUUAGUAUGCUUUUUUCUGUCAUCUGGAUAUUCUGUAAAAAAAAAAAAAAAAAGUUAAGGCCAAAGAUACUUACAACUACUUGUAUACAGCUAUGCCAAACAGUUGUAGAAAAUGUGAACUUUUAUGUCAAAA